GCACAGUGGAACCCCUCUCUCCCCCAUUUGUAUUUUGGCGUUGACUCUGUUACGUCAGCUGUUUCUCUGCUGUCCUGCAGUGUCCUUAUUUUUGUAGCUGAAAGUGUGAAGAACUGACUCUGUUGCAAUGGAAAAUCGGAUUUCGGAGAACAUUUCAGCUUGGAAAGCAUAGGACAUUUUACAAUCCCACUCAAAUUAACCAAGGACACGGAAUUAAACGUCUCUGCUUGGUAACUAGAUUUUUAUUUUCGGAUGGGAUGGAAGGACACUUCUGCGCAAGGGACUCUUAUGCAGUGGCUAGCAGCUAAUGUUCAAAUGCUAACUAUAAAAACAAUCAGCUAGCUACAAGAAACGAUUUGCAUUAACGUCAGCGAAUAAACUGACUUGUUUAGCAUAUACAAAUGCAUUCCGACAGUUUAUUGUAAUUUGUGUAUUUUACUAAAUCGAAUCACUUAAGAUGGAUUAAUGGAUAGUUUGCAAGCUAGCUAGCCAAUUUAGCUAGCUAACUAGAUAGCUAUGGAUAGUUGCUGUUCUUGUGUUAGCUGACACGCUAAGGUUAGCUAUCCAAUUAGGUCAACAUAACGCUUGUCUUUGAAAAUGUGUUGACUCGUAUUUAAUGGUAGUCAAUACUAUAACGUUAGCCCUAGUAUGGGAAAUAUAUCCCAGCAAGCUACUGUUAGCCAUCUAGUUAGUUGAUGGGUUGAGAUGUAACUUGACUUCCCAAGUAAGAUGUAGCACGAGACAGCUGAAAGUUAGUUUGCUUGAUAGCUCAGCUCAUUCCUCACAGGAAAGAUUGUAUCUAGACAUUUAUUGCAUGAGGGGGUGCCCAACAAAUCAGGCAAUCAUGUCUAGUAAAGCCAUGACUAAAGAGAAGAAAUCUGGUAGCUUCAGCAAGAAACUCUUCAGACGAAGCUCUGUGCGCUCCGUGGGUAGUUUUAUGGGCAGAGUCCUCAGGACCCUGUCAACCUUGUCCCAUUUUGGAUCAGACGGGCAUGCUAUUGAGGGUGACAAAGACGAUGGGGGUUUCACAUUAUUCAAAACGGGAGGCAAAGAUUCACCAGCUUUGGAUGAUAGUGACCGUUUCCUCGGAGAGAAGGUCCCUGGAGUGUCUGGUCUCAAAAACCAUGGUAACACUUGUUUCAUGAAUGCCAUUCUCCAGUGCCUGAGUAACACUGAACUCUUUGCUGAGUAUUUGGCACUGGAACAAUACCGGGGAGUCGAGGAAACGGAUGAGGAGAAGGAGAAACCGAAGACAAACGGUGUGCAUUUGGGGAGGAAGGGCCCUCAUGACAGAGGCGAGGUGACAGAGCAGUUGUCUGGACUGGUCCGGGCCCUGUGGACAUUUGAAUACACCCCACAGCACAGCAGGGAGUUCAAAAAUGCCGUCUCAAAGAGCGCUUUGCAGUAUAAAGGCAAUGCUCAGCAUGACGCUCAGGAGUUUCUGCUCUGGCUUCUGGACAGGGUACAUGAAGACCUCAACAACCAUCCCAACAACAGGCCUUCCAUUAAGCCACCAGUGGAAGAGGAUGAUGGGGGCCUAGAGGGGCCUUCUCUUCCGCUCUCAACCGGUUCAUUUGUGCAAGAGCUAUUUCAGGCCCAGUACAGGUCGUCGCUCACCUGCCCGCAUUGCCAAAAACAGAGCAACACCUUUGAUCCUUUCCUUUGCAUCUCCCUGCCCAUCCUCUUACCUCACACAAGGCCUCUGUAUGUGACAGUGGUCUACCAGGGGAAGUACUCUCACUGUAUGAGGAUCGGCGUGGCCGUGCCCCUGAACAGCACCGUGUCCAGACUCCGAGAUGCUGUGUCACGUGAGACCAAGAUCCCCCAGGACCAGUUUGUUUUGACGGAGAUGUACUAUGACGGUUUCCACCGCUCCUUCUGUGAUGACGACGACGAUCUCGAUAUCAUUCAGGAGAGCGACUCCAUCUUUGCCUUUGAGACGCCUGAGACCUUCAGACUAGAGAACAUUAGAACCAAGAGAGGGAGUCUCCUUGCCAACCUGAACCAGAACAACCUAAAGUUUGGGAGUGAGAUGAGCAGGACUCCGUCUUUCAUGCAAGGAGCUGUGAAUCCUGCCACUGCGUCGGCCAAUAAGAACACGGGGGUCGACAAGAUGAUCCUGCUUAUCUGUAACCGAGCCUGCACCGGUCACCAAGGGAGGAGGUUUGGUCUUCCAUUUGUACUGUACAUGGAUCGCACUGUGACCUGGGAUAUCCUGCAGAAGGAGAUCCUGGAGAAGAUGCAUCACCUGCUCAGGCCAGGAGUUUACAUUCAGGUGGGGCCCUUCAGCCUACGAGUGGUUGGUGUGGUUGGCAUCACGUACCUCCUGCCCCAAGAGGAGCAGCCUCUCUGUCACCCAACAGUGGAAAGAGCAUACAAGUCCUGUGGCCAGGGGGGACCGCCGCACGUCAAGAUAGUGGUGGAGUGGGACAAAGAGACCAAGGAUUAUCUGUUUGGGCUCAAUGAGGAAGAGUACAUCCCUGAUGCUGAGAGUGUGUAUCUGCACAGAGAGCAACAUCAUCAGCCCCAGGCCUGCACCCUCGCUCAGUGCCUCCAGCUCUACACCAAAGAGGAGCAGGUAACACUGGAGUGCACCCAUUGUGUUGGUACCACAAGGUCACACACGCACAUUGCGUUGGUACCACAAGGCCACAUACACAUGCAUUGUGUUGGUAUCACAAGGCCACACACACACACAUUGUGCUGAAACCACAAGGCCAC